AUAUAGAAUAAAAUAUUGAGAAACAAACGUUCGAGAAUUAUGAUUCGCAUUUGCGUCUUAGCCUGUGUUUAUAUAUUUUAAAGGAACCACGUGGUGAGUCUUACUAGAGUGUUACUUCCACGCGGAGACAGUUUUGAAAAUGACAGAAACCAAAUCAAAGACCCCACAGGCCUUGAAAAGGAAGACAGGGGACUUGCCAAAGACCCCCAUGUCGGCUCCACAACAGAAGAAAGUGAAGAAGGAGCCAGGACCUGAUGGUGAUAAUGCGACCCCUAAAAGGAAUUUUGGUCAAUCCCCCAAACCAGGCAAAGGGACACCUGGAAAGUUUCAGAAGAAAGAAACCCCACAACAAAAGACACCCAAAAAUACACCACAGAUAAAAAAGGAGCCAGUUUCACCGGCAGUAAAAAAGGAGCCAGUUACACCGGCAGCUACCCAAGAAAAACAGCAAAGUCCAAAAGGGGCAACCCCUGGUCAGAAGAGGAAGGGUCCACCUAUGCAGAAAGGGCCAUCUCCAGCCAAGAAGCAAGCCAUAGAGGAAGGGGUAAAGCCUAAAAACCAGACCACAGGGGAGGGAGCCAAGCCGUUGAAUCAGGCUAAAGGGGAAGGGGCCAAGCCUAAAAACCAGGAUAGAAAAAGAAAGAGGCGAGGUGGUAAGAAAGAGAGAGCAAGGAGGCAAGACAAACUCGAAUUGAGAGACACCACAAAUUUAGAAGAAUUGCAAAAGAAGGCAGAAAUAGCACAGCAGAAAUUGGCAAUUGAAAUUGAGAACGAAAACAAAUGUAGGUUGUUCUUAAAGAACCUCCCCAAACAAUGCAAGGAAGCAGAUCUGAAGUCACUGUCCAAAGAUGUGCAGAAAGCUACAGUACACAACUACCCAACAAACAAUUUCAGGUUUGGGUACCUGUACUUUGCCUCAGAGAAGCUGGCAGAAAAGAACCUCACUGCUCUUAAAGGGACCAAGUUCCAGGGCUCUGAUCUUCAGAUAGACUACGCGGGUGCAAAGGGACAAAAGUUCAAGGGUGUGCUCAAGACUGGCAAAGACAUUGAUCCGCUUAAGUUGUUCAUAAGUGGUGUGUCGGACGCGACGACAAUUGCAGACUUACGGAAGCUUUUCCCAGCCUCAAUAGAGAUUUGGCUGAAAAAAGAACAAACAACAAAACAUGCUAUGGUGUUCUUUGACGACCCUGUGACGGCAACCAAGGCCAUUGGUAAAUAUGGAGACUACACAGCAGUGUUUGCGAAACUGUUCCGUGUGUUGGAUGGAAAGCCCUUGUCCAUUAAUGGAGAAAGAGACUUAGUUUUGGGCAAAAAGGUAGGAUAUGUGAUGGAAAAGUUUGGUGAAGGCGCAAAGGCUACUGAAAAUGGCUCUUUAGCUAAGGGUAAAGACAACACCAAAACCGUGAAAAAACAAGAUGAGGAUGACGAAGAUGAGGAGGAGGACGAUGAUGAUGAUGAUGAAGAGGAGGAAGACGACGACGAUGAGGAAGAGGAGGAAGACGACGACGAGGAGGACGAAGAUGAUGAAGAGGAGGAAGAACAAGUCCAGUCUAAAUUGACAAAAGGGAAAGCCCACAAACCAGCUUUGAAAGCAGUAAAAAAGAAUGUUGAAGAAGAUGAUGAUGAUGAUGAUGAUGAUGAUGACGAUGAAGAUGAUGAUGACGAAGAUGAAGAUGAGGAAGAAGAGGAAGUACCGGUUAAACAGACUAAAGGGAAAGCCAACAAACAAGCAGUGAAACCUGUUAAAAAGGUAGUUGAAGAAGAUGAUGAUGAUGACGAGGAGGAGGAUGACGACGAUGAUGAUGAUGACGACGACGAUGAUGAUGAUGACGAAGAGGAUGACGAUGAUGAUGACGACGAUGAGUGAACGUUUAUAAAGCUGUAAUAUGGUUAUGACAGAAUUUUAUCAAGGAUGAUAUCCAUUUAUCAUACAGAUACAAAAGUUCCAAGACCCAAAAAACAUGUAUUGGGGCCUUUAAUUGGUGAUUCAAGCAGCAAACUGUAAACUUGACUCGCAUCGGCAUAAACUGAUACGCUCAUUUUAUACAGAGAAUGUAUCCCCUCUGUCGUGUUGAGUUUUUAUUGGUACAUGUACAUGUAUGUUUUGGAUGAAUUUUAAUGACUAUCUCUGAUCGGUUUUAUGUUGAACAUUGUUAUGUAUUUUGAUGAAUAAAUGUCUUACUCCGA